UCAGCAUGUUAUCGCAUCCAGAAGAGUUGCGAUCGUAAAGAGAAAGGAAGAGGCGGUUAUGGUAAUCACGGCGUCAUCCUCUACGAUUCUCAUCGGAGAAGAAGGCGUAGAGAUCCACCGGCCAUCAGAGGAGAGUACACCAACACACUCUCAUCGACGGCGGUGGAGCACUCCGAUUGAAUCCGGCGUCGAAUCUCUCGAUGAGAGGCUCACCUUCAGAUCUCUGACGGAUCACGACGGAGUGGAACAGAGAGGUGCUGACGAUUUCUAUCUAGGGGGAGAAAUAUCGGCGUGGGGACCGUUUGGACCGCCGUUACUGAAGGAGUCGAGGCCGGUUGCGCCGCCGCAGAUGCCGCUUCCGAAGAGGACGGAAGCGGUUGUAGAAUUGAGGAGAGGGAGAAGCGUGACGAGGAAGCGAGAUCUGCCGCCAUAUCUGACGACGCUGGAUUGUAACGGACGGCCGAGAUUUCAUCACAGGAGGGUGAGAAGCGAAGGACGGUUAGAGAUUGCCAGCGUGGCAGUGAGUAUACCGGAGAUCGUUAGCGUACGUGGAAGAGAAGGACUCAGAAUCGGAACCGUGAGAAUCAGUCAAGAAGAAGAUUAAACAGAAAAUUCA